AUGACAAGCUUCACUGGAAUCACGGCUGUCGCCAACGCCACCAAUGAAAUGGCAAUGUUCAAGCAGGCAAUGAAGGAAGUUGCAGCUCAUCCAGAGUGGAUGAGUUCCAGACAAAUUGAGCGUCAACGCUGGAACCCGUAUUCAAUGGAGGGAGGAUCAACCUGUGCCAUUUCUGGGGAGAACUUUGCCAUCGUGGCAAGUGAUACUAGAAUGACCCAAAACGACAUCAACAUUCUUACACGUGACGCAGAGAAGAUUCAAAUUUUGAAUGAUAACAUCAUCCUCACCACCUCUGGAUUCUAUGGAGAUGUCCUCCAAUUGAAGAAAGUUCUCCAAUCUCGUCUCCACAAGUACCGCUUCGAUUAUCGCUCUGACAUGUCUGUGGAUCUUUGCGCAGAACUUCUCUCCCGCAACCUCUAUUACCGUCGGUUCUUCCCAUACUACACUGGAGCUAUUCUUGCCGGAAUUGACGAGCACGGAAAAGGGGCCGUGUUCAGUUACGACCCAAUCGGAUGUAUCGAGCGUCUUGGAUACUCAGCCAGUGGAGCCGCUGAACCAAUGAUCAUUCCAUUCUUGGAUUGUCAAAUCGGGCACGUUACGCUCUCUGAAGGAUAUGAGCGUCCGGAACUCACAUUGGACAGAGCCAUCUCAUUGAUGAAGGAUUCGUUCCGUGGUGCUGCUGAGCGUGAAAUCUCUACUGGAGACAAAAUUCACUUGGUCAUCGCUGAAGCCGGAAAGCCAGUCGUCGUAAAGUUCCUGCCACUUCGUGAGGAUUAAUUAUUGCAGUAUCUAUCUCAUUUUAUUUUAACUUAUUCGUAUCCUCUUCCCCUCUGAAAUUGUUUUACCAUCCCGGUAAUCUGAUAAAUAUUCCUCCACUU